AUAAUAUAUUUAUUAAUUUACCAUUAGAGUCGUUUGAACAUUUCGAGAUUAAGUCAAUCUAUUCUAUUCUGUGCUUCAGUUGUCAUAGAGUAAUAUGUCAAAUCAAUAAUUCAAAAUAUUCAAAACAAAUUACUCAGUUUGUAUUAGUGAUAGUAAUAAACAUUUAAGAAAAUAUUAAAACAAUGAAAAUAACCAAGAAAAGGAAAUAUGCUGAUUCAAAUUCUGUUAAAGUAGAAGUAAAAGAGGAAAAUACUGGUGGAAAUGAUUACUUAAUGGCAAAAGGUCGCUUAAAUAGUGUUCUAAAACAGUUAACAGAACAGAGUGAAUCAGAUAGCUCUUCAGAUGAAAAUUCGCACAGGAAAAAAAGGCGUAAGGAAAACCCACCAGCUCCAUAUCAUCACACCUAUGUAAUGAAAUUAUUUGAUCGGAGUGUGGAUCUAGCACAAUUUGAAGAAGAUACUCCCCUGUAUCCCAUAUGUAGGGCUUGGAUGAAGAAUCAGCCUCGAAACCCUCAAGCUGUUGUAAAACGCAGAGUGUCAUCUCCUGAACCAGAACCUGAUGCAUGGAAUGGAAUUUAUGCAGACAUCCACCAAUUACCUCCCCCUAGUGAGGAAUUUCAUAAAAGAAUUCCUUCGCCUCUACCAUGUCAAGAACAAAAUAAGGAUAAUAUAAACUUGAACUAUGAUGAGGCACCUCCAGUUCCUCAGGAUAUUCUUAUAAAAGAUCAUCUCCAACGAUGGGCUAAAGUAAGGAAAAAUUGGAAUGACACAGCAGCUAAAAAUGAGAGUCGCUACACUGUGAGCACACAGAUUUUAAAAACUAUUUAUAACAGAACCCGAGAAGAAAUGGAUAUAUAAUCGAGGACUGUCUCCUACGGUGGGGAAGAUUUUUUAUUUAUAUAGAAAUUGUUAUUUUAAUGCAUUUUAUAUAGAAUUAUUGUAUUAGUAUUUUAUUUAUCUUCUGAGAAUAAAUCGCUUACGAAUCCACCAAA